AUGGCAACCCGAAGGUGGGGAAGAAAGGAGUCUUGGGCUCUUUUGAAACAGUUGGCAACGUUUUCUCUGGAUGCUUGCUUCUGUACAAGUGAUUUUAAUGAAGUGGUUGAAGCUUCAAAGAAGAAGGGGGGAGUUAGAAGGCCACGGUUCCAAAUGCUGGAUUUUCAAAAGGCCCUAGGCCACUGUCAUCUCAGUAAUAUGGGUUUUUGUGGUCCACAAUUUACGUGGUCAAACCGAAGGGGUGAUUAUAUGUUUACUAAAGAGCGCCUUGAUAGAGGGGUGGCAAACAACUCUUUUGCAUCACGGUUUCCUCAGCUGUCAGUGGAGAUUUUACUUGCUAGGAGUUCAGAUCAUGCUCCUUUAUGGGUGAUCAUGCAUCCGAAUGGGGCUAGCAAAAGGAGACGAGAAAAUGUGUUUCAGUUUGAGGCUUGGUGGAUGUAA